AUGCGUCGAAGAUUGAGGAAGAAAAAACCUUCUGCGGACAGGGAUUCUUCAUCUUUUGAAAUUGAAACGCCAGAUUUCUUCAGGCACUCUUUGAGUUCAGAAAGCUUUUCGUCACCUAAGUUUACGGAUUUCGCAGAACAUAACAUAUGGCUAGAAACUCAGCUAAAUAUUUUUCAUUCUGAUUGGACUCGAGAUGUUAAUAUCAGAAAUCAGUCACCUGUAAUAAAUUCAAAAUUUUUAGAAGAUGUCAGAGUUUACGUCGAUGUAAAAUUGAAGGCGGUACAUGUCUUACGCCGCAUGUUGCGUGAUAUGGGAGCGACUGUUUGUUUGAGGUUUGUCAUCAAAAAAAUCUUAUUUAACGUAUAACU